GAAAACACAUAGCAAUACACGUGACAUGUGCACAUGCCAUAUAUAAAACAAAAUAGAAGUGAUAUUGGAGUUCAUUCUACGGAAACCUGUUGUACUCGAUUUAUUUUAUAAUUUCUGCGCGCGGCAUACGCAUUGAUAUAACAUCCGAUUUUUUUCACAAUUUAAAUAUUUAAAAACUAUUAAUUCCGUGUCGUUUACCUGGUUGGAGUUUGAGUUUUAAAUUUUCGAAAACCGGGAGAAAUGGAUAUACCUGCAAUAGGUACGUAUGCUUUAACCGGAGUUCCGUUGGAGAGUUAUAGUCAAAUGUCUUUUGUAAAUACGACGUUAAUCAACAAACAAAAUCACUUUUCGAUUUCACCUGCAGAUAUCACACAACCAAUAAUUUCCGUUCAGGCUACAGAAGAUCAAUUUAAUGCCAAAGAAGCGGCUGUAGAUGAUAAAUGUGCUCAAAGAGACCAGAUAGUUCCAACUUUAAGAUGUCCGUUAAAAAAUAACAAAUUCAUUGAGAUUAUAAUGAAAAAUAGUGAGGAAAGAAGGAAAGUUCUGAAUAAAUUGCUCGAAACAAAAAACAAAAAACAUCCAGUAGAAAUUUUUUUUGAGGGUCUUGCAAAGACGGUUAUGAGCCUUCCACCAGCUCUAGCUUCAGAGGCACAAUUAAAGAUAAAUAGCAUUCUGAUAGACUUAAAAUAUCGCUCACUUGAUACAAAGGCUCAUGGACAAGCCUUUGUUUCCUGCUCUCCCUCAAGAUAUCCUGCAUCGGAAUACUACUCACCUUCAUCUGCAACUCCCUCAAGUAAAUAUUGUCAAUCGUAUAAUUUGAAUUAACAGUUUUAUGAUGAGUCAGACCCAGGAACUUGAGGUGUUUUAAUUUUUUUCUUUUGGUCCAAUACAUUGUGCUCGUCUCUACGGAAAUACGAAAUCUAAAAUCUAAUGGUAGUAUAAUGGUACAAUUUUAAUUUUGCAAUUUAUAGGAAUUUUGUGAUAAAAUAACUUAAUGAUAAUUGUUUGAUGUUAUUUGGUGAUGUAUAAUACAUUUUUAUACUUUCUAAGGAAAUAUAUUGCAUUUUUGUUAUACUUUAGCAAUUGCAGUACCAACUUAUGUUAUAACAAUCUAAUUUAAAUUAAUACGGAGUAGGUACCUAGUAGUGAAUAGACACUAUUUUUUUUAUAAAAUCGAAAUGAAAAAAUAGGUUUUCACUUAGAUUAACCCUUUGAUGCUCUUAUAUCUUAAAUUGAUCAUAAAAAUCAAUAUUUUCUUGUAUAAUUGUAGGUAU